AUGGGUCAGCACAACGGCCGUGAAGUCACCAUCGAGCACGCCUUUGACUGCCAUGUUGCCCCGUCCCCCGACACGCCCUACAAAUACAGUCUGGACCUGCCUAGAGUGCUUGGACGGAUAGAGCAGACAACUUAUGAAGUCGACGACGCCGCUAAAGCCGCCGAUACGGAAGGCGACAAGACGAUGGAAGACGGCGAGUCUACGCUGAAGCUCCGCUUCCGCGAGCUGGGCUAUACAGUCGAGACGGGCGAGGCCGAGAUGAUCAGCAUGGACUUUGUGGCGCGGGGCAGCGGAACGGCUACCGCCGUCGAGCCCCCUAAGGAGAAGCAGAAGGGAAAGGACGUCAACACCGCCGGCGGAAAGGGCAAGCAAAAAGCCGACAGCCUCCUCCCGGUAGAGGAUGACGCGACGCUGACGCCGGAGGAAGAAGAGAUGAUCGCCGCGCUGACGGCCAAGGCCAAUGCGACCAAGAUGCUCUUGUCACGCAUCCACCUCAUCAUGACCUACCUCGAGCGUCUGCCCGCGGCGUACGUCUCGGGCAAGGAAAUGUCUGCACAACCUGCAGGCGACCACGAGACGACGCCGUCGAAUACAAUUUUGCGACAGAUUCACGCACUCGUCGGCCGACUGGACCUGGUUGAGCCGUCGGAUGUUGAGGCCUUCCGGAGGGAGGUGGUAUGCGAGCAGAACGACGUCCACCUCGUCUCCCUCCUCAAUGACGUCAUGCAGAGCGUGCAGGAAGUGCGGUCCAUGGGUCGCAAAUUCGACGUUGUCGACUCGGCCAAGGCCCGCGACCAGCGGAAUAGGACACCCUGGGAGAUGUCCACGGGUAGGCCUAGCCCUUACGGUAUCCAGGGCGCUGGGGACAUCAUGUUUUGA